AACUAAUGCAGAAGCAGACCAACUUCUCCAGAAAGACUCACAAAAACACUGGUAGUCUGAGUCUGAUGCCAUGAGGAGUGUCUGUCACACUGACCACGCAUUGUCUGGAUGGGUUGGUGGUGGACUAUAACAGCUCACAUGGACAGAAUUUAAAAGGGAUAUAUAUAUGGGCAGGGUGAGGAGACAGGCACACAGAAAACGAAAGCAGAACCAGAGGAACAGACAUCAUGAAGCUGCAGACUGCCCUUCUGUUGGUCUGUCUAUUGAAGACAAGCUUCGCUUUUCCAUUGCAGAUUGGAAUUAUUGGAAGCAACAGCAAUGAGAUUCUAAGACUGAACGGACUAACUCUUGCAACCCUUGGACAAACACAGGGGUCAUCAAUAUUGCCCCAGUAUGUGCUGCAGCAGCAGCAGCCUGAGGUGCUGCUCACUCCACAGGUGCUGAACUUUAACCCUCAAGGGACCAAUCCUUUCGGCCCCCAGGGACCCCAGCUGUUUUUCCCCGGCCAGGGCAACCAUCUUAUGCCAAUGCUCAUAUCCAACGGCCAGCAAGAGCAGCUUGGACCGCCACAGGAUCCCAACGCUCCUAAUGUUCCUCAGCAGGCCCAAAACCCUUUUCAGGCGUUUCCACAUUUCCAGUACCCAUCUUAUGGAUUUCCUCAGCUUCCCAGACAGCAGGGCUUUCCGUACUUUGUGUCUCCUUACGGCUAUCCCCAGCAGAGGAACAAUGUGGUGCUGCAGCCCAACAAUGGUCAGCAGAAGCUGGAGAGAACCACACAGAGACCGCAGUUCCCUCUGCAGGCUUCCCUGCCUAAUGUGCAAACUGAAAGAACAUGGCCAAUGGGGACACGGAAAGAGUCUACUACAGUUCCUCCUGAUCCUCGUGGCGACGCAUCUGGCCCAGGUGUUGAUGAGGGUCAGUCCAACUUCCCCUUCCUGUUCGAGCCUUAGAUGUCACCUGGGAAAUAACAACGAGCUGAUCGGUCAAAAAAUGCAUUUCUUGUGUUCAGCCACAUCACUCAUUCUACUAAAUGUAAGGAGUGUGCCAUUCUUCUAAAUGCAGAAUGUACUCAAUUAUUUUUAUAUUACUCUGAAACUGUCUUGUGUCGUGUCAGGAAUCCCUUCCUUGCUCUCAAAACAUGUCAAAUAAAGACCUUUCUC